AUGGCUCUUCUGGAAGUCUUACCAGGAGAGUUGAAACCCGUCUACACUUACUUCGAGCUUACGUAUGUGGGUCGCAUACUCAGCGUACGCUUAGAUGGGUCAGUCAUCAGGGACAAUCCGCUCUUCAGCUCCGAUAUGUGGUCGGUCCAUGAGAGGACUCUCAACGGUGAGAGCCGCACCAACAACUUCGCUGAAGCUGCUCAUCGAAAACUCCAGGGGGCUUUCGGCGUCUGUCAUCCCUCCAUCUGGAAGUUCAUCGAUGGUCUCCGGCAUGUGCAGCACAAGGCAGACGCCGAGCUCGAGCGAUACAAUAUAGGAUCUGCGCUGGCUCCAAAAAGACGCAGAUAUCUGAAUACGGACGCCAAUUUGCUCGAGUUGGUCCGUACCGUCGAGAAUCGUGAGCCGGUGGCCUUUCUGCGAGGGAUGGCAAACAAGUUCCUCAUGGACAACUAG